AUGUUUUCACGUCUUUCUCUCGGGGUCCUCAAACCAUUAAACGCACGAUCUCUAGCAACUAUGGCUACCAAUACCUCCACAUAUAAGCUUAACCACACGAUGAUGCGGGUCAAGGACCCGCAGCGAUCAGUGGAGUUCUACAAAUUCCUCGGCCUCAGCCUAGUGAACAAGAUCGACAUGCCGGAAUGGAAGUUCUGCAACUACUUCCUGGCCUACAACGGCCCAGCCUCCCUUCAAGGUGACCGCCACUGGACCGACCGCAACGCUGUGCUGGAGCUCACCCACAACUACGGUACCGAAAAUGACCCCAACUACAGUGUGGUGAACGGCAACACAGAGCCGCACCGCGGCUUCGGCCACAUCGCCAUCUCAGUCGACAACAUUGAAGCUGCUUGCAAGCGCAUCGAGGAUGCCGGCUACCCCUUCCAGAAGAAAUUAACAGAGGGCCGUAUGCGCCACAUUGCCUUCGCCAAGGAUCCCGAUGGUUACUGGGUUGAGAUCAUCCGUCGCGCCGACGAGGAUAUGGGUACCACUACUGACCCCGGCAGCUACCGUCUGAACCACACCAUGCUGCGCGUCAAGGAUGCCGAGGCUAGUAUCAAGUUCUACCAGGAGUCCAUGGGUAUGACCCUCGUCCGCACCAUUGAGAACCCGGAGAACAAGUUCAACCUCUACUUCCUGGGAUACCCUGCCUCCAACCCGGAGAUCAAGGAAGGUACGAAGAACGGAGUUGCGGAUUGGGAGGGUCUGCUCGAGUUGACUUGGAACUACGGCACUGAGAAGCAGGAGGGUCCUGUCUACCACAACGGCAACACCGAGCCCCAGGGUUUCGGCCACAUCUGUAUCUCGGUGGAUGACCUCCAGGCUGCGUGCGACCGGUUCGAGACGCUCAACGUCAACUUCAAGAAGCGCCUGACCGACGGGCGGAUGCACAACAUUGCAUUUGUCUUGGAUCCCGAUGGAUAUUGGAUUGAGGUUGUGCAGAACGAGAAGAUCAAGCGCACAUCUAACUGUCAUCGCGAUCUCAUCUCCCGCACCGCCGCCUCCGCCUCCGCAUCUUACCCCAACUUUCCACGACAGGGUCGUGGUCUCGAAACCAUGUCGCCAGACCCAGAAAGAACAAAAAAAGCACCGCGCAAGCAUGUCACAACGGCCUGUGUACCAUGCCGAGAGAGCAAGAUCAGGUGUGACGGAGCAACUCCGCACUGCCAGAAUUGUCAGCGCAAAGGAAAAGAAUGCAAAUACCAACAUGGGGACGACAAGCGCAAGGUGUCCUUACGAGCUGCAACGGAGCUGUUCUCUGCUCGGAUUGAUCAGCUUUGCUACUUUAUUCAGGAUCAGGGGCUAGUACCGCCGCCCAUGAAACCGGAUGAUGAAGCCGGUAUGAAUAGGGUGCUGGAUACCCUCCAGAUUCCGCGCGGGUUCCCUCAAACGUCGGCGGUUGCAGGUCCUGUUGUCGGGAAACAGCCGCCAGUUGAAACAAAAUCACCUGUGAUCCCAGGUCAAUCUCCUUCCCAGAGUCCGCCCGCUGCAAGUCCCGGCGUACCAAACCCGACGACCGAUUUAGUUGCUCCCGGUGUAUCGCCAGCGCAGGAUACGGCUUCAAGUGGACAAUUCCCGUCACCCGAGGGUUGGAACCCCUUUGGGAUGGUGCGUGGUGCUUCCGACAAUCAGAACUUCGUCCAUUGGGGAUUUACAUUGCCAACCGCAGAAAGCUUGGACAACAUCUACGCCAAUCUCAAUGGAGGAACCAAUCUCAAUGGAGGACCCGGUGGAACCGGUGUACAUGUUCCCGGAAUGCCCAUCAACAACGGCCUCAGCCCGGAUAGUCUACAGCUAGGCAUAGACAUGGUCCCGCAAGCUGGUGCCCAACUAGGCCAGUUACCGCCCAAUGCGGAGCAUGAUUCAGACAGCGGAGAAGAGGACGAAGCAGAGAACGACGUUAUCGAGCAGUUAUCCCAUCGUAUUGGGACUCUCAAAAUUGCCGGAGACGGUCACCUCCGAUUCUACGGUGCUACUUCUAACCUCAACCUGGUGGAUGUUUCUGCGACUCAGCAGCGGCAGCGACCAGAUGCGCGUACUGUCCGUCAUGAUGGCCAGGAUAUUUUGAAUCAUCUGAGGGUCGGACAGCCUGUCGAUCAGGCUCUUGAGGAUCAUCUUGUGGAGCUUUAUUUCACAUGGCAGAAUCCGAGUACUUAUGUGGUUGAUAAGGAGAUGUUUAUGGCUGCACGAUCUAAAUGGCGAAAUGAGUUUGAUGAUACACCUUUUUACUCUGAGGUUUUGACUAAUGCGAUGUGUGCAAUUGGGAGUGCCUUCGAAGCACGUUACCACCCCACCUUCAUCACGUUCCCCAAGUCUCUUUCUGAGUUCUUUGCAGACCGUGCCAAGGCUCUGCUGGAAAUUGAACUUGAUUCUCCCUGUGUAGCGACUGUUCAGGCUUUGGUUAUCAUGAGCUGUCACGAAGGAGCCUCAAACCGUGAUGCUCGCGGUUGGCUGUAUAGCGGGAUGUCUAUGCGCCUUGCUUUCGAUCUUGGUCUCCAUUUGGAUAUGUCGACAUACGUCAAUAGGGGCGAUAUCACUCAAGCCGAGGCGGAUGUACGCCGUGCAGCAUUCUGGGGAAGCUAUGUCGCUGACCAUUUCUGGGGCUUCUACUUAGGACGCCCAUUCCGCAUGAAUGCUGGAGAUAUUAGUGUUCCGAAACCAGCUUCUUCCCUCGGGCCAGAAAAGGAAGGUACAUGGCAUCCAUAUGGACAUCAAGCCGCUCAAGGAAUGCUUCGGAGUGGGAUAAAGAAUCCUACGGAAUUGAUUUGCAGACAAUUUGUCGUCUUGUGGGAGAUGAUUUCUCCAGUUGGUCAUAUCUUGUAUGGAUGCUCUGAUAUUUCUCGUCAUGACUUGCAAAGAUUAUGCUACCAAGUGACCGAAGACUUGUUCGCUUGGAAAGAGAAUCUACCCUCCAGCCUAGAGAUUGACUUGGACGAUGAUAUCUCACCAAAGCUACCUCAUUUGAUGAUGCUUCACAUGCAAUACCACCAAAUCAUCAUCUUCUUCCACCGUCCCUGGCUUUCGAAGAGUUAUAUCCAACCCCAAGCUCCCCGACAAGGCCCAGGCUACCACCACGCGCGCCGGAUGUGCGUCGAAUCCGCCACAGCUGUCGCACGCCUCCUCCAUCUAUAUGAAAAGCACUACACAUUCCGCCGCAUGAACAACCAAGUCGUGGCGAUAAUAUUCAGUGCAGCCCUGAUGCUUCUCUUUGUAACAGUCUCCAGCUCCCCCAUGAGUCCCGGCAAAUCCGGCAACAGUCCAACAUACCCCCGCAGCGCCGAGAUGGUCGCCUACCUCAAUCUUUGCUUCCGCGCUCUCGAUGAACUGGGCCAAUCCUUCGAGAACGCCAAGCGCACCCGCGAUUACCUUGUCACUCUCCAGCGACGCUGGCAAGCACAUAUGCGUCGCUCAGGCUCAGCGACAAAGCGUCAGAACAGCAGUGCUAACCUGCAAUCGAUGUCUUCACAUCCUCCAACGAAACAAUAUGGUCCUUCUGCCAAUGCCCAGAGGGUAGAUAGCUCGCGCAAAAAAUCACGUCUCUCUGUCUCUGAGCCCCAGCCUCAUAUGCAAUCGGGCUCUGCUAUGCCACCCAGCCAGCAACACCAUCUCCUUCAACAACCUCUUCCACCUCAUCAACAACAAUCAUACCAAGAACCCUUCUCCGCCUCCCAGCUUGGUGACCUGGACUGGAUCCGGGACUCUGACUUACGCCUUCUCUCCGAAACUCACGGCGCGAGCGCGAAUGAAAACACCCAUGCUCCCCCUAAUGGCAUGGCUCAAAUGUCUUCCCCGCCGUUCCCUGAAGAUCCUAAUAUGCUAGCUGAUCUUGGGGAUAUUGAUGGGUGGUGGCAGCCCCCUAAUGAUGCCUCUGGUAUGGGGGGAGGGCCAUCUUUAUGA